AUGGGUAGAAUGCACGGUGCCGGUCACGGCAAGUCUCAAUCUGUUAUUCCAUACAGAAGAUCACCACCAUCCUGGUUGAAGGUUACCCCUGAUGAAGUCGAGGAUAAGAUUGUUAAACUCGCCAGAAAGGGUUAUACUCCAUCACAAAUUGGUGCUAUUUUGAGAGAUAGCGACGGUAUUGGUAGAGUAAAGUCUGUUACCGGAAAGAAGAUUUUGAGAAUGCUCAAGUCUAAUGGUCUUGCUCCAGAAAUUCCAGAAGACUUGUACCAAUUGAUUAAGAAGGCUGUCGGUAUCAGAAAGCACUUGGAAAAGACCAGAAAGGAUAAGAAGGCCAAGUACCAAUUGAUUCUCUGUGAAUCCAAGAUCCACCGUCUUUCUAGAUACUACAAGAGUACAAAGGUUUUGGCUCCAAACUGGAAGUAUGAAUCCGCAACUGCUGAUGCUUUGGUUGCUUAA